CCCCCGCCCCUCCCUCCGCGACGGCUGCCGGGCAGCGGGAAGACGGAGGCGCACCUGGGCCGUCGCGGGGCCGAGGUCCACUUCUGCGGCGCGGAGCCGCUCCCGCCCGGCCUUGUCUCAGCGCGAGCUCUUUCUUGCCGCUCCUGCUCCAGCCAAACGGGCCUAUUUGGGCUGGGGGCGAAGAGGAAAGGUGACCCUGUCCAGUCCGGCCACUCUCCAAGCUCUUUUUUCGCCUCCUUCGCUGCAGUCUUUGAAGCACGGCUACCUGCCCUCACCCCCAGUUCCCUGCGCUUUCCUCGCCCCUGCUCCUCAGUGCACAGUCGCAGGGCGAGGCAAGUAAGAAGACCGUUAGGAUGCCUAUGGUAACGCGGAGGCUGAGAGAUCCAGACAUCAAUCCUUGCUUGUCGGAAUCUGAUGCUUCUACCAGAUGCAUGGAUGAAAAUAACUAUGACAGGGAAAGGUGUUCCACUUACUUCUUGAAGUACAAAAACUGCCGAAAGUUCUGGAAUUCUGUUAUGGCCCAGAGAAGACAGAAUGGAGUAAAGCCACCUAUGCCUACAGCAGCAGAGAGAGACGAAAUCUUGGGAGCACUGGGAAAGAUGCCCUAUUGAAUGUUUGCAUUAAACUUAUUUAUAUAACCUUGCA